AUUGUUGGAGACCCUCCAGCCUCAGGGUUCACAUUGACCUCAGGGCCAGGCUAAUCACACCACGUUCAGAAUUGCAUCACAUUCACAAUGGCGCCCGCUCCACCUCGCUUAAAAUUUAACUGAACGGCGUUAAAGGAAUAAUGGACAAUUGUGAUGUAGGGCUCUGAAGACGGUGUUGUCAGUCAGUGCACAGGUUGCGGCCCACUGUUGAUCAAAAGGGAGGACUUAAGUACUGCAACGGAGCAAGAAAGCGCCAGACAGUUUGUCUUGGAAGCUGUUGUAUUUGCUUAGUUGGGAGCCUGACAAUGUCGCGGCGCGGGUUUGAUUAUGAUGGGUUUUCGCUGGGGCAGGGUCCGCGAUACCGCGCUCAGGAGCCAGUCCGUUCGGGACGAGCCAUGUACCUGCCCUCGCAGGGAGGCAGCGACGAUGAUGAGGACGUGGGCAACAUUGGGUACGCCUCACAGGAGGACGAUGAUGCUGGGGAGCCGCCAGCCCCGGCACAGGCACAGGCGGGGGACGGCGAUGAGGUGGACCCGUUGGAUGCGUUCAUGGCCGGCAUCGAUGAGGAGGUGGUCAAAGCAGGGGAGGGCAAGCCGGUGGAGAAGCCGGACAUCGAGGAGGAAGAGGACCCCAUGGAAAGCUUCCUGGCCGCAAGGAAAGACGCGGGGCUCUCCCUGGCGCAGGAGGCCCUCCACGCGGGGUACGACAGCGACGAAGAGGUGUACGCGGCGGCGCGCGCGGUGGAUGCGGGCCAGGUGGAGUAUGACAGCGACGACAACCCGGUGGUCACGCUGGACAAGAAGAAGAUUGAGCCACUGGACCCAGUGGACCACGCAGAGAUCAACUACGAUGAUUUUGCUAAGGAUCUCUAUGAGGAGGACCUGGAGAUCACGGCCAUGAGCGAGCCCGAAGUGGCGGCUUACCGUGGCCAGAAAGGCAUCCGAGUGUCGGGCUUUGAUGUGGCGCGGCCCAUCAAAACCUUUCAGCAUGCAGGUUUUGAUGAGGCGCUGGCGGGGGUGAUUGCCAAGCAGGGGUAUGAGGUGCCAACGCCUAUCCAGUGCCAGGCCCUCCCGGUGGUGAUGUCGGGGCGUGAUCUGAUUGGGAUCGCCAAGACGGGCUCCGGCAAGACGGCGGCCUUUGUGCUGCCCAUGGUGGGCCACAUCCUGGACCAGCCGGAGUUGGGCAAGGGGGAGGGGCCCAUCGCGGUCAUCUGUGCACCCACGCGGGAGCUGGCGCAGCAGAUCUUCGCUGAGGCCAAGAAGUUCUGCAAGCCGUUUGGCAUCCGAGUGUCGGGCGUGCUGGGCGGCAUGAGCAAGUUCGAGCAGUUCAAGGAGCUCAAGGCCGGGACGGAGGUCGUGGUCGCCACGCCGGGCCGGCUGAUCGACAUGCUGAAGAUGAAGGCGGUGGCGCUGCGGCGGUGCACGUACCUGGUGCUGGACGAGGCGGACCGCAUGUUCGACCUGGGCUUCGAGCCGCAGGUGCGCUCCAUCACAGGCCAGAUCCGGCCCGACCGCCAGACGCUGCUCUUCUCCGCCACCAUGCCCGGCCGCAUCGAGCGCCUCGCGCGCGACAUCCUGAGCAGCCCCGUCAGGGUCACCGUUGGAGACGUCGGAUCGGCGAACGAGGACAUCCGGCAGGUGGCGGAGGUGCUGCCCACCGACGAGGCCAAGGUGGCGUGGCUGCUGGAGCGGCUGCCGCGCUUCAUCGACAAGGGGGACGUGCUCGUGUUCGCCAACCAGAAGGCCAAAGUGGAGGCCGUCGAGGCCAAGCUCAAGGAGCACGGCUUCAGAGUGGUGGCGCUGCACGGCGACAAGGACCAGGCGUCGCGCAUGGACGUGCUGCGCGAGUUCAAGGCGGGCGUGCACCACGUGCUGGUGGCCACCGACGUCGCCGCGCGUGGCCUGGACAUCACCUCCAUCAAGACCGUCGUCAACCUGGAUGCUGCAAAGGACAUUGACACGCACGUGCACCGCAUUGGGCGUACCGGGCGCGCGGGCGCGACGGACGGGUCGGCGUACACGCUGGUGACGGGGCGCGAGGCGCACUUUGCGGGGGAGCUGGUGCACAACCUGGUGCACGCGGGGCAGGCCGUGCCGGACGCGCUGCUCGAGCUGGCCAUGAAGGACGGCCACUUCCGGAAGCAGCGAGCGGGGGGAGGCGCAGGUGGGGGAAGUGCAGGCGGGGGGGCCGGGGGCGGGGGCAAGAGGGGGGGGAAAGGAGGCAGGGGCAGGGGCAGGGGAAAAGGAGGCGGGAGAAGAGGGCCCAUGGUGGGAGGCGCCGGGAUCGGGUUUGCCGCGGAGACAAAGGCAGAAGCGGGCGGGCCGACGAAAGCAUCCUUAGGCCCCGACUUUACUCGGGCAGCUGCACAGAACUCUUUGAAGCAGGGCAUGGCGGCCAAGUUCAAGAGCAGCUUCGUCGGCCCUCAAGCCGCUGCGGGGAACGCCACCUCGUUCAAGGGGCCGGCUGCGCACCCGCGCCCCGCCCUGCACGGCUUUGCCCAGCCUGCGGUGGCAGCCGGGCCGGCAGGCAGCAGCCUGGCCGGCUUUGCGCGCGCGUCCACAUCCAUCCAGCCCGACGCGCCCGUCGAGCGGCACAACACGGACGCCGAGAUCGCCGAGGCCCUGGCGCAUGCGCGCGCAGUCGCGCAUGCCCAGGCCUUCGGCACCCCGUAUGCUACAGCACCCGCACUCCCAGGCCCGGCAGCGCAAGUGGCUGCCGCAGCUGCCGCAGCGCAGGCGCGAGCAUUGGCGUAUGCGCAAGGCUUCGGCCAGGCAGCAGGAGCAGCCAGCAUGCCGGCAGGGACGGACGGGUCGCAUGCGGGGGCUGUAAAUGGAGGCGAGACGGGCACAGGUGAUAGGCAGCGCAGGGAAGAAGGCGGACGGGGAGAGAGGCGGUCCAGGUGGGACCGCCACGAGGAUGACGGCGGGCGGGAAAGAGAGCGGUCGCGAGUGGACAGUGGCGCGGAGAGGAUGGAACGCUCGGGAGAGCAGCUGUCAUCCCGAAACGACAGGGAUACGGACAGGGACAGAGAGCGGUACCGGGAUGGGCGAGACGCAGAUAGGGGGCGCGAGCAACACGGGGACGACCGGCAUCACCGGGACAAUGGUCGAGACGCGUAUCGAGAGCGAGACAGGGACAGGGACGGCGACAGGAAGCGGGACAGGGACGAGGAGGUGCGGCACGGCCGGGAGGGGGCCGCAGAAAGGAGGAGGAGAUGGGACACGUGACCGGCAGAACGCGCAAGCGCCGGCUGAGUUCACCUAUCUUCUGAAAGGUUGAUCCCUUGUUGAACACGCAUGGCAUCAGAGGCAAUGCGUGAACGCUCGGCAACCGUCAACCUUCAGGCACUGCAUGAGCGCUAGGAGAACUGCUUGAUGCAGCUUCUCUUUCUCUGAUUUAAAUUGAGGGUGUCAGAAGACGCGAUCAAGAGCGCAACUAUCAAGAGCGCAACUAAAUGCAGGCUCGUUACUGUCACGUUAGUGGCGUCAAUCAAGCACUGAAAGUCUAAUGCUGAAUUAUCUUGGCCUCGAAAGCUUUGAUCAUAUGCAUUAUUUGGGCUGGCCGACCGGUCGACCGCGGCUUCGGAC